AUUCGGACGACGAGGAUGCUUACAUACCUCCACAGUACCGGCAGCAGCGGCAACAGGCUCACUCCAACCACUCCAUCCCCAAUUUCCAGCCUCCAGGCUCGGGCACUCGCGCUCGCGGCACCAACUCUACAGCACCCAACACACCCACACUACGACCCUAAACGACAAGCAGAGUUUCAGGAAUCUGCUCGCUACCACCCAAGCCCCCACUACAGAGACGGUAAGCGCGACGACGAGCUCCCACAAUGCCAAUCUCUCCUCUCUCUCCUCCUCCUUCCCAUCCCCAUUACCAGCAACAGCCUUACCAAGCCACCCCCUCCCCAACCCCAACCGCACAACCCAACACCUCAACUACAGUGAAGAC